AUGGAGCUAAGAAUGAGCAACGAGAUGGCUGAUGGGCGCUCCUCCACUGCCGAACUGCACCAAGCAAUUGCCAGUCACUCUUCAUCGCUUGCAGCUGUUCACCAGAAUUCGGAGUCCACGAAGCUGCAGAUGGAGGGCCUGGGCAAAGCUGUAGACAUGCUCAGAAAGCAUUGUGAAGGUGAAACUCUAAGACUGGAAACGGCUCAAAGAGCCGCCGCCGCGAAGAUUCAGGAAUUUUGUGAAAGCCUCCUGGAACAGCGCAGGCAAAUGAAGCGCCUUGAGGAGCUCGUAAGCAGCGAAACGGAGGUGCCUGUCUGCCGCCUAUGCACGAAAGACUCUCCAGCCUCGCAGCUGGGUGCCAAGCCAUGCAGUCUGCACUUCUCGCAGCAUCAUGAACAUCAAGCCAGAAUUGCUCCUCCUGCACACGAUUUUCCCAGCGUCCUUCUCAAAGGCCUGGAAGACCGCGUGAAGGCGCUGGAGGCCAUCAUCGAAAAGGAACAACAGGAACUCCACAACUGGACAGAAUACACAAAAAUGAAGCUCGAACAGCAGGUUGCUGCGGUCACUGAGCUAUCGCAAGUGAGGCAAGCGAAUGGCGAACGGCAGGGGUGCACACUUCCCAUCAGUCAGCAUGCAACAAUUGAGGAAGUGAGAGACAUGGUCCAGCAAGCAGGGCGGGACAUUCUGGAAGCGACUGACACGUCAGUUGCGCCCAUCCGAGAGGGCCUCGACAACUUGAAGAGUGCGCAAUCAGAGCAGAUCAAAUUCCUCGAACGCCUCGACGACUCGCAGAAACUGGCAGCAAACGUGAGGGGUGGCAUUGUCAGUCUCGGACAGAACUUCAAGGAGCUCAAGAUCCACGUAGACAAAGGGCUGGAGGUGGGGCAGUUCGACUGUUUUCAUUUGCAGCUGUUUUGGCCUCGGCAGGCAGCCUGCCGCAACACCGCUUCCCACGUGUCGAUUAUAUGGUCACGUUUGUAG